GCAGCGUUCCUCUGGAGUUUGACUGCAAUUCAACACUUUUAGUUCUGCAAACCAGUGGGACAUGCCGACCAGUAACGCUGCAGCGCCGGUCAAAAAGAAGGUACUUGGUGCAAAGUCGCAAAAAGCUACCAAUAAAAGAAAAGAGGAGGACGACGACAAUGGGGAUUCCAGUUGGGAAGAAAGAGUCCAGGGGAAACUUAUUAAACCUGCAGAUCAACUGGAGCUGACUGAUGCUGAACUGAAAGAGGAAAUCACAAGGAUCCUGACCGCAAAAAAUCCACAUGCCCCUCAAAAUAUUGUCCGAUACAGCUUCAAGGAAGGAGCCUUCAAGCUGACCAGCGCUGUGGAUCAGAUGGCAGUCCACUUUGUCCUGGACGGGUGUCUCAUCCAUCAGGACUCGGACGAGGCUCGUCGCCUGGCAGCCCAUAAAGACCUGGCUGAAGAGUCACUUGCAGUGGAUUCUGGACCAGGGGAAGAAAAAACGGACAUUUUGGAUGCACCGAGGGAUGGAGGCGAGGAAGAGGAGGCUGGAGAAGACGACCGAGCGGACAGCGUUGCCUCCAAAACAAACAAUCAGGAGCCCAAAUCUACGAACCAGUUCAACUACAUCCAGAGAGCCUCUCAGACUCUCAACAAUGCACUGCGGGAUAGAAGCUGCCAGACGACACCACCUCCGCGCCGUAACUACUCGGCCGCCGCCAGCCAGUGGGACAUUUAUGACGCCUACGUGGAGGAGCUGCACAAGCAAGAAAUGAAAAAAGAGCAACAGAAGUCCAGGAAAGAUGGCGACAAAAACCAAAAAAAGCUGACGCUGAAAGACACAGCGGGUGACGACAAGCACGAAAUGAGGACGGCCAUCAAGCUUUUGGAGCGAAUGGUCAACCAGAACACCUGUCAUGAAAUAGCACAAGAUUUUAAAUACUUUGAAGACGCAGCGGAUGAAUUUCGUGAGCCGGAGGGCACUCUUCUUCCCCUGUGGAAGUUCAGCUAUGAAAAGGCCAAACUGAUGUGUGUCACCGCCCUCUGCUGGAAUGAGAAGUAUCCGGAUCUGUUUGCUGUUGGACUGGGAUCAUAUGAAUUCAGCAAACAGGGCCGAGGGAUGGUCCUCUUCUACACGCUGAAGAACUGCACCUUCCCCGAGUACAUCUUCCCCACACCGUCCGGGGUCCUGUGCCUGGACAUCCAUAAAAAACAUUCCUACUUGGUGGCCGUGGGCUUCUAUGAUGGCUGUGUGGGCGUGUACAACCUGAAGAACAAGGGACUGGAACCCCAGUACAAGAGUACUUCCAACACUGGCAAGCACACUGACCCGGUCUGGCAGGUGUGCUGGCAGAAAGACGACUUGGACAACAAGCAGAGUUUCUACUCGGUGUCCUCGGACGGUCGUGUGGUGUCUUGGACUCUCAUCCAGAAUGAGCUCAUCUUCUCAGACGCCAUCAGACUAAGUCUAACUGGUCCAGUUUCUGAGGGCCCAGAUGGUCUUGGUGAGGUCACCACAGCUGCUGGUACUUGCAUGGACUUCCACAGGCAGAUGGACUCUCUCUUCCUUGUCGGCACUGAGGAGGGUAACAUACACAAGUGCUCCAGGAGCUACUCCAGCCAGUACCUCCACACCUUCCACGCCCACAACACCGCAGUGGACGCCGUCAAGUGGAAUCCUUUCCACCCACAGGUUUUCAUCUCGUGCAGUUCGGACUGGACCGUCAAGGUCUGGGACCACUCUGUCAGCACUCCCAUGUUCACCUUUGAGCUCAACGCGUCAGUGGGUGAUGUGUCGUGGGCGCCGUACUCCUCCACCGUCUUUGCUGCCGUCACCAUAGAAGGAUUGGUGCAUGUUUUCGACCUGAGCAUCAACAAGUACCAGGCUAUCUGCCAUCAGCCGGUGGUGUCCAGAAACAAGAGCAAGCUGACUCACCUGGCGUUCAAUCCCAUCCAUCCCAUCAUCAUCGUCGGGGACAACCGAGGCUGCGUCAUCAGUCUGAAACUCUCCCCCAACCUCCGCAAGAAACCAAAGUGCAAGAAAGGUCAAGAGUUGCCCGAAGGUCAUGAGGUGGAAGUCGCCAAGAUGGAGAAGAUUCUCAGCCUGCUGCGGGACCCUGAACAGAGUGCCCACUAGUCCCUCAUGGUGCCCACUAGUCCCUCAUGGUGCCCACUAGUACCUCAUGGUAUCUCCUCCGUUCCUUCGAUCGGCUCUUUUCACUUUUGCAGAGGAAGUCUGGUGUUUGUUAGCGAUUGUACGUCAACCUGUUAUCAAAGAGUGUGUUUCAGAACCAAGAAUAACAAAAAAGAUCAGUGGCUAGUCAAUGUUUAGUCCCCACUGUACUGUAAGUAUGCAUGCAAACAUUACUUAGGGUCCUACUUAAAGUUAUUUAAGUGACACUUUUGGCAGGGACUACUUGCAAAAUAUGUUAAAUUUAGAUGCAAAUCUAGUUUAAAAUGUUGUAUGUAAUAAACUUUUGUUAUUUGAGUGGCAAUAAAAUAAAAAAAA